UAAGUGCUAUGUUUUGGGUAGAAAAUUCAACUUUCAACUGCGAAAGAAGCUAAACUGAUUAAAAAAAUGGAAAAGAUUGUCGUGUGCAUCAUCGCUUGUCUUAUCGCUGUUCAUGUCAAAAGUUCAGAAUUAUCAAUAAAUAUAGAAUGUAGCUUUGGGUUCAACUUCUUCUUCUCACCAUACAAAUACACGUGCAAUGCUAGAGGUUUGGGAAUUCUUGAACCAACGACAAUAAUUGGCAUUGAUGGUCAACACUACCCAAAAAUAUUUUACUAAUGAUGAUGUCCUGGGAUUUUAUGCUGAGGAUCAAGUUCUUCAUUAUUUCCCUAAAAAUUUGGAUAAAUUCUUCAAAAAUAUUGAAUUAAUUCGAAUUAUGGCUUGCGGAUUGAAGGAAGUUCAUCAAGCAGACUUCAAACCAUUCAGGAACUUAACAUUACUGCAAAUUCGAGACAAUAAAAUCAAAAUUAUUGAAGAAGGUCUUUUUGAGUUCAACCAAAAAUUGGAAGUUCUUGUCGUUUACGAAAGUCACAUCAUUCACAUUGAUCCAACGGUUUUUGACAAUUUAAAUAACUUAAAAACAUUCUUGUUCGAUAAUGUUCCUUGCAUUAAUUUGGGUGUUUAUGGCUUAGCUAAAGUUAGAGAAGUUAUUGAGCUUAGUAAGAAGAAAUGUGCGAAUUCUGAGUUUUUACUUUUAGACAGCGAGAUUAAGAAGAUAGAAGUUGAAUCAAAAACAUUAAGUUUUGAGGAUUUUAAAGACAAUUUGGAUGGUUUUGGAGUAGGUUUCAAAACUUCUAGUUUUUAUGGGACUCGUUAUUUAAUGGAUAAGUAUGAAGGUCUUAUGGCAUUGAAAAUUAAUCAAACUGAAUCAUCAUAAGCUUUAUAAGUAUCCCGAAUGUCAAUUUUUGCUAGAAGCUGGUUGCUAGGACAGUGGUGGACAACCUUUUUUGUGCCACGGCACAUAUUUAUGACAAGUCAUGAAAAUGUGGUUCUUGGGUUUUCUCGAUUUUUUCAUCCUACUGUACCGCGGCUUAUGGGUUGACCAUCACUGUUCUUCAGGGUCAUAGCCAGGAAUUUAAUGGGGGGGGGGGUUGUUUAAUUUUUUUUAAUAAAAACAAUAGCAACUGAAGAAAUUUCUGUUGACAACGUGGGAUUUGUUACCAACAUCCCCCCUCCUCCUUCCAUGGCUACGCGUUUGAUACCCCCCUUCCCUCCCCUAAAAUUAAUGCAAAUGAUAAGGUAAAAAUAGCCAGAGGCGUUUAAAGAAGGAGUCAUUAAGAGCUUUGGCAAUCAUUGUUUCUCGGGAAUUUGAUUGAUUUAUAAAGAAAUAAAGGAAAAUAAAAUCAUAAAUGCUCAAACUUAGCAUUUCAGUAUAUGACUCAAUUUAUUUAGGGGCCGUUCACUUUUGACGUUCCGG